CGGGUGACUGUUGAUGGGGUUUCGGUCCGGGUGGGGACCCAGAUGAGGUACCUGGGUCUCACCCUGGACGGGAGGUGGGCUUUUGGGGCUCAUUUUGCAGAGCUAGCCCCAAGAGUCGUGAAAGCCGCCGCCUCACUGGGAAGGCUGCUGCCGAACGUGGGUGGUCCGAGUGCCCAUUGCCGUCGGCUGUACUCCGGGGUCAUCCGGAGUAUGACCAUGUACGGGGCACCCAUCUGGGCGGACGCCCUCGGUCGCGCCAACAAAAUCCAGCUGCGACGGCCGCAGCGGGUCAUCGCGACGAGGGCGAUACGCGGUUACCGGACGGUGUCCUGGACGGCGGCGUGCGUGCUGGCCGGCGAUCCCCCCUGGGAACUGCAGGCGGAGAUCCUCGCCGAAACAUCUCAAUACCAAACUGCGAAAUGGAAAUACUCCUAUCAACAGCUAAAGAUCUACCACCAUCAAAAAUACACCGAAUCAAAUGUAACAGAUCCCAUAACGACCGAUAACCUCGAAGACAACUGCAGUCCAGAUUUGUUCAAGACAACUUCUCCAGAACUACUACCGAUAACAAUAAGGACUAUUCCAGUUGACGCUUUAAAUGUUAUUAACGACCAAAUAAACACCCAGUAUCGAGUUUUAAGUGAACAACAACAAAAAUUUAUUUGA